AUGUCUCCCAAACCAUCGCCAAUCUGUGUCGAUUGCAAAAAAACGGAAUCCCUCCUCUGGCGUACAGUCGAUAAUGGACAAAUAUGUUUGGCCUGUUAUGAGCUACGCGAAGAAAAAGCCACCACAACAGAUGAAAGUAAAAAUGUAGACAAUAGCAAUGCCAGCAAUACUGAACAGGAUAAAACUAAGAAAUCUGCAAAGGAUGGCGGCAAAGACGUCAAGGAGGAGAAAAAAGAUGCAGCAGCGGCCACGGCUGUAGAGGAUAAAUGUUCGCGUCUGAGAAAAAGUACGCGGGCAACACGUUUUAAGGCCAAACUGGGUUCGAGUAGUACCAGUUCAACAAAUGGAAAUGGCGAAAAAUCCAGCGCAGGCGGUAGUAAUUCUAAGACACAGACCAAGGGUCGCAAUCGUCGAAGUCUUUUCAAACGUGUACCGUUCAAAACGCCACAGGCUCAAGCCACAACACAUUCGGUGGAAAGUGUGUUUCACAAGGGUUCCUAUUUGCAAGUUGGUGACAUUGUUUCGUUGGUUGACAGUGAGGAUAAUGUCUAUUAUGCCCAAAUCCGUGGUUUGCUAAUUGAUAGUUAUUGUGAGAAGUCUGCAUUUUUGACAUGGCUAAUACCCACGCAGGAGAGUCCAGAUCCAAAGGAUGGCUUCGAUCCAGCUACAUAUUUGAUAGGUCCCGAUGAAGAACUUUCACGAAAAUUAUCCUGUCUGGAGUUUGUUAUGCAUGCUCCCAGUAAUUAUUAUUUGGAUAGGACAACACCAUUUCCGCUUCCCGAUUCAAUGGAAUGUGACACACGUCCUGGUGGUUAUAUAUGGACCAAAUUGCCGGAAUAUCAACGGAAUAAGAGCAUUGAAGUUUAA